GGUGCUCCCUGUUGUGUUAGUUGAGUUCUCCAUUCAAGUUGCGCACUUCGACGCCAUGUGUGCUGCUCGGCAGGCCGCGGCGGCCCGGUCCACUGUGUACACCUUCUCGGCGCGCCGGCUGGCCUGCGGGAAGCCCUUGAACCUGGGCUCCCUGCAGGGCAAGGUGCUGCUCAUCGAGAAUGUGGCGUCCCUCUGAGGCACCACCGCCCGGGACUAUACGCAGAUGAACGAGCUGCAGAGGCGCCUCGGGCCCAGGGGCCUGGUCGUACUCGGCUUCCCGUGCAACCAGUUUGGACAUCAGGAGAACGCCGAGAACGAAGAGAUUCUGAAUUCCCUCAAGUAUGUCCGACCUGGUGGCGGGUUCGAGCCCAACUUCACACUGUUCGAGAAGUGCGAAGUGAAUGGUGCACAGGCGCAUCCACUCUUCGCCUUCCUGCGGGAGGCCCUGCCGGUGCCCAGCGACGACCCCACUGCGUUCAUAACCGACCCCAAGUUAAUCAUCUGGUCUCCGGUGUGCCGCAACGACAUUUCCUGGAACUUUGAGAAGUUCCUGGUGGGCCCUGACGGUGUGCCAGUGCGCCGCUACAGCCGUCGCUUCCCGACCAUCGAUAUCCAGCCUGACAUUGAAGCCCUGCUGCCCAAGGGUCCCAGAUGUGCCUAAGUUGCCUCUCCUGUUCGGGUUUGGUAGUCUCUGGCUGCCCUCUCUUGGGAUUUCAUCCAUGACGGUGUUUCCUCUAAACCUGAAUGGAGGACCGCCUGAUAAUGCAGGAAAAUCCCCUGAGAUAGGCACUGGUCCUGUCCUAGAUCAAGGUCAUUUUCACCACUAAUAAAGUUCUGAGCAUCAGAGAACUGUGUUUGUCCU